UUCUUUUUUGUUUUGAAGUCACAUCGAAAGGGAGAGAUGGUUCUUUCGCCUGGAGGAAUCCAAUUGGAGGCGACCCAGAUCUCCAUUUUUUGUUUUGUUAUUUCCAAUUUCAACUAUACGAAGUAAACGCUCCCCAAGAAGAAAUUUUGUUAUUUAAAACAACUUCCGGUUCUCUCUCCUCAGCGACGAGGCAUUGAUAUCUUCCAUUGGCGAAAAAGUUUAUGUAAGCGAAUGAUGUUUCGCAUACACAGUGAAGACUUCGAUUAUAAGCUGGGGCGAUUGUGAAUGGAGCUGUUAUCUUUCGAUUUUCUUUUCCACCCCUUUUUUUCUGAUUGAUUACCCACUUGAAUUUCAAAUGAAAUUUUCUUUCCAUACCAAUUAGUUGGAUGGAAAGUGAUGUAUUGAGCUAUUAGUUUUGCGAAAGAAGUAUUCAGAACAGCUUCUGCGAGAAACUGAGUUAGGGAAGAAAUCCUUUCGAUUGAUGGAUCGAGAAGAAAGGAAUCCCCAAAGUGGCGGCGUUGUCACGAGUCGAGUAGAAGCCGAGGAGCCCAAGACCGCCGCCGAUUUGGUCAAUGGCGAAAAGAUUGAGACCACCAUUGUGAUAAUCCCAGAAGGCGAUGCCUCCGCCGGCGGCGACAGGGAAGCUCACGGAGGUACGGCGACUGGGUUCGGCUCCGGUGGAGAAGCAGUAGCAAAUGUUGAUCGAGAAACAAGCGAGUGUUUGAACCUGAACCCUUCAGAAACUGUGUUGGUGAUAGAUUCAGAUGGGGUUGCUUCUGGAGGUGAAGAUGGAGAAUCGCUCGCGAAGAAUAAUGGAACGGGGUUGAGGAAGGAUUCAGAGAAGAUGAAUAUAAAGUCAAAGAUGUCAGAGGCGAAGUACAAUCCGCUGUUGACAAAUGUAAAGCCAAAAGGAGGGAAAGCGUUUGUUGAAGACUGGAAUAGAGAAAGGGUCUGUAGGAUCUGCCAUUUGGCUUCUGACCAAGCUUCUGAGCCCAAAACUGGGACCAGUACUUCAGAAUUGAUUCAACUUGGUUGUGACUGCAAGGACGAGCUAGGAAUUUCUCAUAGUCACUGUGCCGAGGCAUGGUUUAAGCUGAAAGGAAACAGAAUGUGCGAAAUUUGUGGCGAGACCGCAAAAAAUGUCGAAGGAGUCGGGGACAACAGAUUUAUGGAGGAGUGGAACGAGGGAAGGUCAGCUGAUAGCAAUGGAAACUCAUCAAACAGGGUUGAGGGAUGUUGGAGGAGACAGCCAUUCUGUAACUUUUUGAUGGCAUGUCUGGUAAUAGCUUUUGUUCUCCCAUGGUUUUUCCGCAUAAACAUUUUCUAGCGGAGUGUUGAUGUCGAAUGAUAGAAAGCAUUCCUCUUUCCCGAUUGUCGUUCUCGUUUUCCUUUUUUCCUUUGCUCGAAUGCUUGUCGAACCCUGUAAAUCUUACAAUCUUGCCAAACAGUACAGUUUCUGCAACAUCUGCCUUGAGAAUUGCUCGAAUA